UCCAUCAUGACUCCAGUUCUUCGCGAGUUGGUGGAAGCGCGAUUGGAAAUGGUAUUUGAAAUCUUGUACGUUUUUAUUUGUUAUGGAUUACGCCGGGGAUGGUACUCUUAAAGGAGUUCUGUGCUCUAUGGAUCAUUGAAGGCCAUGAUGUGUUUACCAAACGUUGGAGUUUACAUCCAUCAUCAUGCUGGUAAUAGCAUACAGGUAGCUUUGGUAGUGAAUAAUGAGUGAAUUAGCUGGACAUGGAGGACAUACCUUUAGUCCUCCAGAAUACAGACUUCAUUCCAAGUCAGCAAGCAAAGAACUCUUUGAAGAUCAACCUGAUAAAGAUGUCUUCAAACAUCCCAGAGUUCCUUUCAAAACUGCUGCCAGAGAACUCUUCAAAGAUGAGCCAGAAUUUUCUAGCAAACCAAGAACUUCACAUCACAUUUCCAAAAGAAAAUGUCAACAAGAAAAUGUUGGUAUUCCUUUAAAGAUAGAAGAUGCACAAAAGAGAAAGUUGAUAACUUCUAGAUACAACACACCUCUUAAGACAGAAUCUGUAUCAUCACUUGAUUCAUUAGAACUUGAGAAUCUAAGUGAUUUUUCCUCUUACUUAUCAAGAUCUUCUAAAAGUGAUCUUCAUAGUGAAUUUGAUGACUGUAAAUUUGAUUCAGAAACUCUGCAUUUGGAAAGAAGUUAUGGUAGAAGUGAAGACAGUCGCCCAUCAUCCUACAAUGAUGUUAGUCAAAGAAGAAGCCAUUUUCAUAAACCAUCAAUAUCAAUCGAAAGUCAUGAAUCAAAUGGAAGAUGGACUCUGCCAUCUGGUGUUAAAACAUCUAAAAGAGUUGGUUCUAAUUCUGUAAGAUCAGCUGCCUCCUCUCCCUACCAUCAUGAUAAUGUCAGUACUAAAGCGUCUUUUCAAAGAAGUUCACGCAAUAAUGAAAGAUUGAGCUUGAGAACAAAUUCAAUGGAACAUAGUCUAACAAUAAUUGGGAACCGUUCAAUGGAUUCCAAACAAGAAAGCUACUUUCGAACAGAUUUAAAGAAACUCUACAAAUUAGGCCAUGUUAAGAAACAUGAUCGGCUCCACCAGGAAUGGAUGAGGCAGGAGAAUGCUCCCUCUCUUUCUAGCUCACUUCCAUUGACAUUAAAAGAACUCUUCUAUGAUAAUCAGCACCAAUCAAUAAGGACUCCCGGUGAUCCUCAGUCCUUAGGAGGUUCAUGCUCUGACAACUAUUCUAGGUUUAAUUCCAGUAAAUUAGUAACUUCUAGGUCAGUGCAAAAGCCAAGCACCUAUCAUAAUACGGAUCCAUUCCUUCCGGACUAUUCCCAACAACUGCAGAAUCUUUUAGUAGAAGAUAUUGAUACCACUAGCAGAUUAAUUUCAGGUGAAAGUCCAUCACCGAGAUCGAAACUCAGGCACCUCCUACACAGGAGUGAUGAUACUGAUAACUUACAGUCAAGCAUGGUUCAGAUGUCACCGAACACAUCUCCAAAGGGAUUUAUCGCAAGACGAGGAAGCCCGAGACGAACUGCUUCUCUUUUGUGGGUCUUCAAAUUACUUGAUAUCUUGCAUUGUGUACCGGCAGAUCAACAGCAUCAAAUCAUUACAAAGGCAUAUUGGUUGCGGAGAUGGCAAGCUUAUGUCAGAAAGGUCAAAGGUGAAAGACUUCAGUCCCUCGAGCAAGAGCAAAGAGCAAUUCACUUUCGCAACAGAAAAAUAAAGCAAAGAGUGCUCAAUGCGUGGUUGACAGUUACUAGAAAUAAACAAUCAAGAGCGGACAAAUUGCGAAAGUACCAUCUGAAAUUGAAAGGGUUGAAAGCGUUGCACUACGCUGUGAAACAUAGAAAUGUAGAAGAGAAGAAAGCUGACAAUUUUCGUUAUUCUUCGCUUUUGAAGCCUUACUUUAUGAAGUGGCAAAGAAAAUACCUUAGUAAGCGGCAAAAGCGACUGAAGGCAGUUUUUCAGAAGUGGGAACAAGCGAAACUGGAAAGGGAACGUCAUCGGCUCAUUGAACAACUCAACAUUAAACAGACCCAACUGAAGUUCUUCAAAAGAUGGAAAGAACAAUAUGAAAUGAACAGUAAAGAAAGAAUAGCAACAUUGUACUAUAAAGUUGGACUCCUUUCCCGAUACCUUGCGUCAUGGAGGACUAUUGUACAACAGAAGGCGGUGACUCAUCAAGAUAAGAUGAAGGCUAAACACUUCUAUGACUCGAAAAUCAGAGGGAAGUUGAUGGAGGAGUGGAGAGAACAAACAUCCAAGUCAUUAGUAGCCAAGGCGCAUUACAGUCAAAUUAUUUUGCAAAAAGUGUUCUGUGCCCUGAAACGAGCUGUUCAGUUAGCGAGGGUGGAGCGUCUAGAGAAGAACAGUCAAGCCUUGGAGUUCAGGAGGUCAUGGUUGUGUAGAAACUGUCUAGCAACAUGGCGAAGGUCACUUGUACGUCAGCGAUUUCAGAAAGAAAUGGAAAGAAAACAAAUCAGACGAGCCUUCCAAAUAUGGUGCUUGAAGUUACAACGCAGUCAUAUCCAAACACGGCUUGUAUCGGCAUUAGCCAACAAGACCCUGCUGAAGCGGUAUUUUACAGUGUGGUGUACCAAGGUAAAAGAAGCAGAACAACAGCAAGUUCAAGCCAACCAUUCCUUCAAACAUCUGCAAACAAAAAUCAUCUUUCAAAAAUGGCUGCAAUGUACUCAAAGAAAUAAUCAGCUCAGGGAAAAACUUCAGGAAUUUCUUCACUCCCAACAAUCGCAAUGCAAACGAAGAGUGUUUACACGUUGGAAAGUAGAACAUGCAGCACGACAGACCAGGUCAUGGCAGUGUGCAAGGAAAGCCUGGAAUACGUGGAUUUCAUUGGUAAAAAGGAGAAGAGUUGAGCAGAUAUUUAACCAAUCAAAGGAUAGAUUGGAUUACAAAUUACUAAAAGUUUACUUCCACUCAUGGCUUCUUGCUAAAAAGCAAUUAGACUUGAAUACGCAAAAGGCCCUAUCUGUUAAGAAAAGUUUGGAUCGGAGUAAAUUACAUCAAAUACUGCUUGACUGGCGUUUAAGGGCAAAGAGAUCAAAGGUUAUUGCUCCUAUGCGUCACCGCAGUAACAACAAACUAAUGUGCAGAGUAUUUCUUGCCUGGUCAACUUGGUCAACCACUCGCUCAGACAACAAGCAGAAGCUGAAAAUGUUUCAGCAAAAGAAACUAAGCAAAAUUUUCGGCAAUUGGAGGUCUCAAGUUCAUUUGUUGAUAUCAGAGAAGAACGCCAAAGACAAGCUUUUGGAAAUACGAAUCCGUCAAGUUCUUCGAGGAUGGCAUAGAGUUGUUCUUCGACGGAAGCAACAGACAGAGUUCCUUCAGUCAAGCCAGCAGCGAAGUAUGGCGCACCUUUAUUUCUUAUGGAAAGAAAAGUGUGAAAUUUUAGAACUAAGUAGAGAGAUUCAGAGGGGAAAUAAGGUGCGGGAAUAUAUAGUUAAGCUAACAACCGUUAGAAUUUGGAAGAAAGCAAUCCAACAGCAGCUGAAUCAAGAAACUCAUUGUUGUGAGAGUGUACAUCAAUUGCAGGAGCAUAACAAGAAAAAAGAAGCCUUCUCUGUGUGGAGAAGGCAGCUGGCAUGCCAGGAGCUGGCAAGACAAAUGCAGAAAGAGUUCCAGACACGCCAUCUGCAUAGAAUGAUAGUCUUGUGGCAUCAGCUUACUUGUCAAGAGUUCCAGCAGUCUUUGAACAUGUUCUCCAUGUCAGUCAUUGCCCACUGUAUGAUAGAAGGUGCAGUUAAAGACACAGGUCAUGGUAGCAGUGUCCAGACUAGCGAUCUUGCAUACCAAAGCAGCCAAGAUGGAUUCUUGAAUAACCUACCACCAGAUGGAUUGUCUAAUCAGUCAUCCAAGAGCUCUGCUGAGUCAUCUAAUGAUCAACUGAUGUCAGAUUUAGGUGGCACUGAUUUAAGUCUAGUGAAGCCACGGAUGCUCUCAGUUGGUCAACCUCCAAGCCGCUUAAAUAAUUCUAUUGUGCAGAGACUCAGAUCUCAGAGUUGGUCUUCAGGUCAACAACCCAUGAUGUACAAUUCACCUUCAGUGCAAAGAACUUUAAAGGACAGUACAUCUUCACAGAGGCCUAGAGCAGGCAGUACUCCUUCAGAACAAGCGUCAGGAAUUUUUGAUAGAAGUAAUUUUUUUCAUAACUUCUGUAAUGAAAGAGGAGAUGCAGACAGCCUUCGUAGUGACAGUUACGGAUGGAGUUCUGGUGAUAAAGACAGUGGACGUUGCCACAGUCCUUAUUCCAUUCCUUGUGAAACCUCUAGCAGCAGAGAAGACUGGGUUCCUGAUCUACCUGAUGAAGCCUAUACUGUGGUUAAGUUAAAGAGGAUUGUAAGGUACUGGAAGAACUGGCCAGUCAGUGCUGCAUUUAGACAAUGGCAAAACUACACCAAAGAAAUGAAACAACUCAAAAUGUCUCAACAACAGAUGCAGCUGCGAUGUAAUGAAUUACAAAAGAGGGCAGUAUUUCCAUAUUGGCUUCGACAGACACUGUUAAUGAAGCAAGCAAGGGAACACCAUGAUGUUGUGUUGAAAUCAGAUUGUCUUCAUAAGCUGUUAGGCUACAGGUCGCACAGGUUUAAGAAGCAGCAGGAUGUUGCAAAAGCACAGGACUUUUGGCAAAGGUCCCACCUUCUUGCCUGCUUUGAAAGAUGGAGAAUUAAGUCUCUUGAAAACCAAAAAAUUGCCGGUGUUAUGGAUACUUGGAAGGAAUAUGUAGGAUGGAGUGAGGAUGCCGAGCGCAAGGUCCAGGUGAUGGUCAGUAAAUUAAAGAAGGCGACAGUCAAAGAAUGUCUGUACAUGUGGAAAAUCAAACAUAAACAGCUGAAAAUGGUUGACCAGUACAGGAAUAGUGUUCUAAUGAGAAAAUGUUUAUUAGGAUGGUUGAAUCAAUCCAGUUUCCAAGUUAUUUCAAGACAGAAAAUGCAACAAUUUAGAAAGCAAAAUUUACUUAAGAAGGCCUUUGCCAGAUGGAAGAUUGAGCUGCAUGUGUGCUACAUGGCAAACAAAAACACCCAGUCCAGACAUUACAUGCUCCUAAGCCAAGUGAUAAAUGGCUGGCACCAUCAAUGCAAGAAGAUGUCCCACUUGAGAUCAAUAGCAUUGCAAGUUCAGAAGUCAGGUGCUAAUCACACAAAACGAGGCUUCUUUAGACUGUGGCGACACCAGACACAGAGUAUUCAAGAAGCUACACAUGUGUCCAAUAUGAAAAUACUCAGAAGAUGUUUGAUUGGUUGGCGUCAGAAUGUUCAGAAGAAAGCUGAGCAAGAGGAAAAUUUGCAACGUUUAAGAAGUAAUUCCAUAUCGAGUUGCCUAAGAGAAAGCUUUACAGUGUGGAAACGACGGACCCAAAAUCAGCAAACACUGAAGAACACCUUGAUUCAAAAGAAGGAAAGCAGAGUGAAGGAAGCUAUGGAGACUUGGAAGGAAGAAAUGAGAUUAAGAAAGGCUGAUAAGCACCACAAAAGAAGUUUGCUCCUUAAGACACUUAGAAUGUGGCAGGAAUGGUUUCUGGUUGAGCAAAAAGACAAAAAGAGACUGCGUUGUGUUCUUAAUCAUUGGAGGAUGAAAGUUGAUAAAACUAGACAGCUAGAGCAUCAGGUUGUUACAUUGAUGAGAUCAAGAGAGAACUUAAUCCAACAGAGGGGGUUUGCUAUUUGGAAGGAAGCUACAGAAAAGCAGAAGACAGCAGUGACUCACAGUAGAUUCACAAAAAUGAAAAGAAUUGUUAAGGUAUGGGCAGAUUUUGCUAAAAGUAAUAAAGAUACUAAGCAAAAAUUAGCAGACUUCAAGCAAAAAAGAUUACAAAGAACUUGUUGGAAGUUGUGGAAAACCCGACUAGAAAAAUGUCGCACAACUAAAAAGGUAAUGAAAACUUUAGAAGAGAAGAGGUUACAACGUGUCUUAAAUGCUUGGUCCAACCAGACAAGAAAGCAGAAAGAGUUAGCCAACACAAAAGAGAAAGUAAAAAAACAUCUUUCAACCAUUAAACUACAGAGGGCUUUUAAAACCUGGAAAGAAUCCUCAGAAAAGGUGUUUGUCAUGAAGAGACAGGCAGAGUCUGCUGCCCUCAUUAGAUUGAUGUUGCUCAGGGAGAGGGUGUUCUUUCAAUGGAAGGAGGCUACUUUGACACAAAAGGCAGUGAGGCAUCACCAGAAAUGGUUAAUGAAAUCAGUGUUUUGUUUAUGGAUGAGUGUCUUUAAGGAGGAGAGGGAGCAAAAACGUCAUGAUGAAGAUUUAGUGGAGUUGGCAGCCUGGCAUUAUGAAAGACGUUUAAGUAAAGUGAUACUCAGAAGUUGGUUUUUUGAAGUGAAGAUAGAAAAAAUAAGAAGGAAGCGAGACCAAUGUUUACUGCGGCAAUCGAUGACUAAGUGGAUUGAAAGAGCAAGUCAGUCGCUUAUGGCAAGGCAAAUGGUUGAGUAUAAACUGUACUCUCGAUUUUGGAAGCAGUGGAGGACAGCACUGGUGACCAAUCAGGUCUUGAAGAGUAUGAGUAGCAAAGAAAACAGCCAUAUCUCCUCCCAGGUAUUUGCUUCAUGGCAGCAUCUCUCCAGCUUACAUCACUACGGACACCAGCUCAAGAGACAGAACUCCCAAGAAGUUCUCAAGGCAUCUUUCUCCAAGUGGAGAGAGGUUUUUAACAGCCUGAGCUCUUCCGGGAAUAGCUCACCCACCCCACCAACAGAUAAUAAUUCUUCCUGCUCAAGUGAACUUGCUGCUAUUUGGGAACUCCAGCAGUGAACACAAGUCUACGACUUUUUAAUAAUUAUUCUGUAUGUUAAUCCAUGUGUGCUUUGUAAAAUGAAUAAUAUAGAAAUGAACAAAUGCACCUCUAGAAGAAUUGAAACAAAUAUUACAUCUGCUUCUUCUUCUAAUAUUUUAAUUUCUCCAGGCAUAGACAAUUUUUUCCUGUAAUAAAACUGUAGAAUUAUUGUUUGAACUUCCAUUUGGGGGCCUGGGGCUGUCAAGGACCCAUUACUUGUAGGAGUCAAUAUUAGAGGCAAUAUGAAUUUAUAUUAUAUUCAUUUAAUUUUAUUUAUUUUGUCAAACAAUAACAAAACAAACUAAAAUUUCAACAGACCAAAAACCAGAGAUGAGAUAAACAAAAAUCAAACUAAAUUGCUGUAUGAAGUUUCUCUGUUGAUUUAAAGGUAAAAAGCAUGAACUAAAUAUACGUGUUCUAUAGAAUUUAGAAAGGAGCAAAAAUAGCUUAUCAAAAAUUUAAUAUUAUUUGCUGUACAGCAUAGCACGCACAGAAUUAAUACAUUGUUACUCGCAAGGAGCCAUUAAAAGCCUUAAAAGGGUCAUUCGGUACCCAAGUGAAAAAUUCUCAAAACAAACUCCCUGAGAAUAACAGUAAUUAUGAUUGCAGCAGCAAAGCACAAACAGCGACAGCAAAGACAGAAGCAGCGACAGCAGCAGUGCAAGAUGCAUAUUAUCGGCAACUUCAGUACCCCAACUACCAACCUUUUCUGUGUGUCAUCAAAGAGUAUAAAUAGAACAAGAGAGCAAAGUCCUGUUCGUAAAAACGUCAUGCCUGUGUAGGACGCCCACUAACGUAGAGCGUAUCGUUUUUUUACGCUCUCAAUGAGCGUUGUUGGCUCUCUUGUUCUAUUUAUACUCUUUGGUGUCAUUGCUUGUUGUAAUCCUACAAAUGCAAAAGAGGCUACUUUGGGUUGCUGUACUCAUUUGCAUAGAUCAACAACAAAUUUUAGUGUUUAAAACAUUUUCCAGAAAUAUUUUUUGGCAUUCAGCACUAUAAUUGAGAUUCAGUAGUGUAAUGUUGGUUACUACUAAAUUAUUUUACAAGGGGUACUCCAGCCAGGGGUGGAUUUAGGGCGGGGGCCCAGCCUGGCCCCCGCCUACCCUUUUGGGAGAUAAAAUAAAGAAAAAAAAUCUUAUUUUUGGGCGUCUAGAACACAAAAAGUUCGCGGGGGAAUGCCCCUGGACCCCCUUGAUCAGUGUUGUCUCGAUUGGCCCAACUUUCGGCCCCCACCUUUUGGACAUCUGUGGAUCCAGCCCUGCCAACAGUUGACUUAAAGAGGCCCUCAAGAAAAAAAACAAAACAUGCUGUGAUUGGAUUUCUUAGCAAGAGUGUCCAUUAUUGGUGGAAUUAUACAAUAUGGUAGAAAUCUGACCAAUGAAGUACAUCUUUCAUAGAACAAAUUUUCAUAUGUUUAAUACUUUUAGAAGAUAUAUCAUAAGACUAAAAUAUAAAUUUGACAGAUUUGCCCAUUAAUUUUGCCCAGGAGCACUUUAUACUUUCAAUUUUAAAAUCAAAUUUCAGUCAAAUAUCUUCACAGUGAAGCAUUUAAAAGUCAUUCAUUUUUCUCUAUAUAUGAUGGUAUAAUAAGCCCACUAUGUCAGGGGUGGGUCCAGAAAAAUUCUGAAGGGGGGGGGGGCAAUAGGUAGGCCAGCAGCCACCUCAGCCCCACCAUGGUUAGGGCUGAGGUGAGCAGAUUUUUUUUUACUUCCCCACGGAAAAUUAAUCGGCAAAUUUUUUUCUCCACUUUUCUUAAUUUUUUUGGCGGGACUGAUAGGGGUGGGCACGGGCCCUGCUGGAUCCGCCUUGUCGCUCUAUAGUCGUCGGCUAAAAAUAUUGUUAAAAUCGUGCUUGUUCGCCACUGGCAAUAUCCUUUUAUACAAAAGCCUUUGUGGUUUAGUUUUUAUGAAGUUCGCUGUGUAAAAUAAAAUGUACCGGAUGCAUUAUAAACAACUUCUUGUUUCAAUAUAUGCAUUGUGUGUGAAUAUUAUUUAUUGCAUGUAUAAUAAGUAUACAGUAUUAUAUAGUUUUAUAAAUACUUUACUAAGAAUAUUUGUUCAAUGAUGUACAUCUUUUACUGUGUACAAAACAAUUUAAAGGGAUAAGCCAAUCAUAUAUUCAUACAUUUAUUUCUUUUAUGUAGAAUUUACUAUAUUUAAUAUAAAUUCAUGCUGUAAAUGCAUGCUCUCUAUUUUGUGAAUACUUACCUGGAUAAACCAACUAAUUGCAUUUGUUCCCGAAAUGGAAAACCCAUUCAAAUAAAAUAGAACAGUCCGACACAGGGUGCCAUGUUGGAACCAUCUCCCUAACAAUAAUCUUCAUUCCCUAGAAAUCCAGCUGAUCACGGAGAGGUUAGGGAGAUUAGGUUAUCCAGGUAAAUAUCUCGCUCAUUAGAAAUCGAGUAUGGGACGCCAAAUAAAUUAGGUAUGGCGCGCAAUAAAGAGUGAGUAACCCAAGGGCCUGGAACCCAGACUACAAACAUCACAUUUGAUUUGUGAAUAUGUUAGGCAAAAAUAUGAUUAUAACGUCCUCAUCCGCUAUACGAAUAUCAUUAUUUUUAUGAUUAUUAUUAUGAAAUAAUAUUAUUAUUAUUACAGUAUUAAUACAACUUGGCCUUGUAGCCCAGUUGGUGGAACAACCAAACUGUAAUUGGAGGGUCUUGUUAUGAAUCUAUAAAGAGGCAAUAAGUUUUUCUCAGCCAGUUGUAUUGUAUUGUGAAUGAAAUGUGCUGCAUUUUGUAAAUUGCCAAAGUGAUUUUGCUUAUUGGAUAUAGUACAUUAUAGUUACCCUAUGUCACUGAAAUUUUAUAUGAAAUAAAAUAUAAAUGAUUUUUAACAA